CAGAUUGUUAGUCAGCAUCAAACCUUUCUAGAGAAUUUAAUGAGAGUUUAUUUGACUACUAAGCAGUUUCUUAGAUAAUGCUCGAGUUCAGAAUGUCAUGCAGCUGAUGUUUCUUCUCUUGUUUCUCCUGGUAAGGACAAAAGCAGAUUUCAACAGACAAAAGAAGAUAAGCCAACUGCAGCAAGAGCUGACAUAUGAGCUAAAAUCCAACGUCCUUAUCGAGCUCAACAAGCUGAGAGAAUCCGGAAAAACCUUUCCAAGAAGUGUAGCGUUUGGAUUGCUAUCAAAAAUAGCAAUAAUGGAAGCUGCGAAGAUGAAAAAGAAAAUUGUUAGGCUGGCUGACCUUUUGGACCCGAAGGAUAUAAAGGAUGUGAGGAAUAUCGCUUUUGAACUGGAGGGAGCCGAGGUGAAGAGGGCUUUCAAUGCCAUCAUCAGAAAAGAAGAAGAAGGAGGGAUUGCAGCUAGGGCGCUGACGACGUUGGGCGUUGACGUUGUGUCAAGAAGAACUCAGAAUUUCAUUUACAACAUGUUGAGUGAUUUUUAUGCACCAUAAAAACUGGAAGUGUACACUAAAAACCUAUAAGUGACUCUUAGUGAAGAAAUGUUCAAAGCCAAUUAAAUAUAAAAACUCAAAUUACUGUCAGCAACGAUGAUAGAAAC